AUGUCGUUGCGUGUUACCGCGCUGUCCCAAGGUUGCGACCUUACAGAAUUCGAUGAAAAGGAAAGCAUUUCUGGAGUUCAGCAGCUAAAAUCUUCAGUACAGAAGGGUAUCAGGUCACGCUUGUUGGAGCUUUACCCAUAUUUAGACAACUACAUUGACCAGAUUCUACCCAAAAAGGAUACUUUUAGGAUUGUCAAAUGCCACGACCACAUCGAAAUUAUGGUGAACAGUGCUGGUGAGCUGCUCUUCUUUAGACACAGAGAAGGAUCGUGGAUGCCCACACUCAGACUGCUACAUAAAUAUCCAUUCUUCCUACCCAUGCAGCAAGUGGACAAAGGUGCCAUACGUUUCGUGCUCAGUGGCGCCAACAUUAUGUGUCCCGGUCUGACGUCACCAGGGGCGAGGAUGAGUUCCGUGGAAAAGGGCAGCGUGGUGGCAGUGAUGGCUGAGGGAAAGGAACACGCAUUGGCUAUUGGCAUCACUUCGCUGUCUACUAAGGAAAUAGCUGAAGUAAAUAAAGGAGUUGGAAUAGAAAACUGCCAUUAUCUCAAUGAUGGACUCUGGCAAAUGAAACCAGUGAAGUAA